UAGAUUUUUUCAAUUAUUUCGUGAGGGCUGGCAGUAAACUGCCCCCACCUUCACACUUGCAUAAUAAAUAUAAAACUACUUAUCAUAGAAAACCAUGCUUUUUUAGAUUAAAUACAAAGAGAAGAUAGAUUGAUCGUCAAAAAUGUUACUUCUUGUAUAUCUCUUGAUUUCUAUUGCUGUAUCAACAGCAAUAACAUCAUUUGAUAAAGUUUUAAAUGUCAUUAACGAAGACAACUUUUUGGAAAUGUAUGUGCCCACAUAUAAUUCUAGGAAUGGACAGUGCAGAAACCAUAGUUUGUAUUAUGUGGAGGAACUAAGAAAACUUGCUAUAUGGGCUACUGAAAUGUUCGAUGCUUCUGGAAAAAUGCCUAGCGGUGUUCUAUACGGCUCUUCGCAUAAUUUAGGAAAUUAUGAUGAGUGUCUCGCUAUUAGAGUUCUGUAUAAUGAGCAUGAGAAAUUUUCUGGCCAAUAUUGCUUAGCAAAACUAACUAUCACACCGCCUAAUAAUAUAAACAUAAAGCAUCAAAGUAGCUUUUACUUGCCUGAUAAUUACAUUACAUUUUUCAAUCAAUCUUUAUGGGAGAAAAUGACGAUUUAUUCGAUGGAUAAAAUGAAGGGACCCAGGAACGAGUUGUAUACUGCCCUCUGUUUGCCCUCUUCUUGUUCUUUCGAAGACCUUAAGGAAAUCCUGGAAAAAAACAGUGCAUCCAUUAACGAAUUGAACGACUUCCGUUUGGUUAUCGAUAUCGACAAGUACGAUUGUCAAAUUUUCCAACCAACUGAACUGAGUAUUGGCGAUAACAUUCUUAUAUCGUUCUUACUGUUUUCAUUGAUAGUGGUCGUUUUUUCAAGUGUUUAUCAUGUACUGACAUCAAGAGAUCGUUACAAACAUCUCCAAUUGAAAGGAAAAGGACACAACGUAAUAUUAUGUUUCUCUUUCUGCUCAAAUUACAAGAAAUUUAUUUCAAAUAAUCAAAACACAGAUGGUCUGGAUUGUUUGGCUGGCAUGAAAGUAUUUUCUAUGUUUAUGAUCAUAGUCUUGCACAGAAUAAUGUUUGAUUUUGGAUCCCCUAUGUUAAAUCCUGAAUACGUAGAAGAACUGUACACGAAAUUCGAAACUAUUUUGUUGUUGAAUGGACCUAUUUUAGUCGAAACAUUUUUUACCAUAUCAGGAUUUCUGGCAACAUUUCUUAUCUUGGGACAACUAAAGAAAAACAAUAAGACUAAUUUAGCCGUCUUUUACAUUCAUAGAUUUGUAAGGGUUUUGCCGACAUACGCUGUGGUCAUCGCAUUUUAUUGCACCCUAUUUAUAAAACUAGGCUCUGGGCCACUUUGGCAACACAGAGUUGGCGUGGAACAAGAAAGAUGUACUACAAGCUGGUGGGCCAACUUACUAUUUAUCAAUAAUUAUGUGAAUACGGAUAAAAUUUGUAUGUUCCAAUCUUGGUUUAUAACAUGCGAUAUGAAUUUCUUUAUUUUCUCACCAGUUCUUACCUGGUUUUUAUGGCAAAAACCAAAAUUAGGAUUAACUUUAGUGUUUUCGUUAAUAAUUUCCUCAAUAAUAGUAGUAUUUACAAAAGUAUAUAUUGACAAUUUGGAUGCAAUGUAUAUGAUUUACUUAAAAGCAUUAAAAGAUCCAGUGUCUCAUGAUACAUUCAAGACUUUAUACAUUCCAGGUCAUAUGAGGGCCAGCUCCUAUUUUAUUGGAACUUUGGCUGGAUAUUAUAAAUUUCAAAUAAAAGAAAACGACCACAAAAUAUCAAGAAAUUAUGUAAAAAUUGGAUGGAUAUUUUCAAUCCCAACAAUGAUCAUUUCCUUGGCCACCGGUUAUAUAUUUUAUUUAUACGACGUGCAUCAGUUAUUAACAGCUCUGUAUGCAGCUCUAUAUCAUCCAUUGUGGAGCAUUUGUAUAGCGUGGAUAAUAAUUGUAUUAUCGUUAGGUCACGAACCUUUAAUCAAUUCAUUUCUAAGUUGGAGACCUUUAACAAUUUUAGCGAAAUUGUCAUUUUGCGUGUAUAUUUCACACGGAAUUAUACAGAUGUACACUGCAGGAAGCAUUAGAACACCUACACAUGUUUCUAUAUUCAAUUUGGGUUAUAAAACUGUCGCUGAUAUAGUUUUAGGAUAUACUCUGGCUUUUAUAUUAAGUAUGGUAUACGAAUCUCCUGUAAUCGCAUUAGAAAAACUCCUUUUACAAAAAGGAUCAAUGCCACCAAAAAAAGAAAAUACAGAGAAGCAGAAUAAUAAUAUAGACUUAUCAACAGAAAUAGUGACGGAAAUUCUGUGAUUUUAAGGAAAAGUCUCUUAUUGGCUGAAGCUGAAUUAACUUCAACGGAGUAAUAAUAGAAAUAGACAUCUAUCCCUAUUAAACCUUUGUUAUACUUAAAAACACAACUUAAACAAACCACAAAAGUAUUAGUGUUAUUGACAUUGUAAUUUUAUCUGAUUCCUUAUUUUCAUAAGUCUAAAUAAUGUAUCUCACAGUAACAGUAUUUUUAUAUAAAUAGUAUAAUUCUCUAUACACAUAAAUACACACAGUUAAUAUAUUGUUAUACACAUCAGUGUGUAGUGAACUAAGAUCGAGAUGGUUAGGUUCAAUGUAAUUCUAAAUAAUAACGUUAAACU